AGCAAAGCAUAAACAAUAAAUUCCAUCACAAGAAAAGGUAACAGAGCAGAGGCAAGAAGAAGAAGAAAGAUGAAGCUGGUUUGGUCCCCAGAAAAGGCCUGCAAGGCUUAUCUUGAUACUGUUAAAUCAUGUGAGCUGUUUCAAGAAUCUGGUGUGGCAGAGCUUGUAUCGGCCAUGGCGGCCGGAUGGGACGCGAAGCUGAUCGUGGAAACGUGGUCGAAGGGAGGAUUGACGGCGACAAGCGUGGGUCUUGCGGUGGCGAGCCGCCACGCCGGGGGCCGCCACGUCUGCGUGGUCCCGGAUCAAGAAUCGAGGGAGGAGUACGCGGAGGCGAUGCAGGGCGCCGGAAUGUCGCCGGAGGUGAUCGUGGGGGAGCCGGAGGAGGCCAUGGAGGGGCUGGCGGGGAUAGACUUUCUGGUGGUGGAUUGCCGGAGGAGCGAGUUCUCGCGGGUGCUGAGGGUGGCGAAACUCGGCCACCGUGGGGCGGUGCUGGUCUGCAAGAACGCCAGCUCCAGCGUGGCGGCCGGUUUCCGAUGGCGGGGCGUGCUCGACGGGAAAACAAGAAUCGUCCGGUCGGUUCUCUUGCCCGUGGGGAAGGGGCUAGAUAUCGCACACGUCGGCGCCGCCUCCUGUGGCGGUGGAAGAAGCGGCGGCAGAAAGUGGAUCAGACAUUUCGACAAGGAAUCCGGCGAAGAAUUUCUUUUCAGAAAAUGAAAAAAAAAACCUCGUAUAAUUAAUUAAUUAAUCUGAUACUAAUAAUACCAAGGGGUCUAGACUAAUCUUUGGCUUUUUGCCCUUUGUAAAACCAUCUUAAGUGAAUAAUUAGAAACUCAUAAAUUUGAUUUAUUUUCUUUUUAAUUCUAUUUUUAGCAUUUGUUUGGUGCUGUAGAAAUGAGAGGAGAGAACUGAAGAAAGAAUGGUGUCAUUAUCUUUCAAUUUUCUUCAUUGGCUGGACAUAAGGCCUUGUUUCAACAUGUAAAUUAUGUGUGUAAUUUUGUUUUUUUAAUUAAAGUAAGAUUUUCCUU